AGAUUUGUUCCAGAGUUUAGGUGCUAGAUAGGAAAAGGAUCUGCACAGUCGAUUUUGAUAUUCUAGGUAUUAUCAUAUGGCAUCAGUGUUAUCUUAGAAUAAGAAUCAGAAUCCAAACAGUUCAUCACAGUAAUCCACAAGUAAACAACACCACUCAAGUCCAUCAACAUCUUAUGUUAUGUUAACAUCUUAUGAAAUGAAAAUUCAUGUUUGACAUUGUCAUUUUAAACUUCAAACUGGGAUCCAUUGUCCAGCAAGUGAUCUAGGCUGAUUUUUCCAUAUGUGUUUCAUGGGCUAUUUUGGGGUGAACUGUUCCUUUAAAUCUGUCAGGUAUGGUGUGAGCGUUACUUCCUUUCAGUGGUUGGUAGAGAAUAAUCCUCUUCUGGGUUUCAAAGCCAGUUACAUUUACAGCCUAAAAACAAUUUUGAAAGCAAACUGAUUUAAUCAUCUCAAUGUAUUUUAAUUGCGAAAAUGGCACAAAGAUCAUCCAACAUCUCAUCUGUCUAAUAAUAUGGAGUCAAGCUGUAGAGCCUUUAACAGAACUGACACAUUUGGGACGAAAUGUUUCCAUAAACUGCGAUCUUGAAGAAAAAGAGAUUUACUGGACGCUACUAAAACUACCAAAUCGUCCAGUUGUGAUAUUGCGGUUAUUUUCAACUUCACCAAAUCCUUUUUACUACCAUCCGAGAUUCAGAACCAAAUAUUCAGUGCAACUUAAACAUCAUCUGUUCAUAAAAAAUGUCACUACAGAUGAGUUAGGUGUUUAUUACUGCAUGACCACAGAAGCACCUCCAAAAUUCAGCAACGGCACCAGACUUUACAUUACUGAAUCGACUAAACUACCUGAGUGUCAGAAUCACACUGUGGUGAGGUAUAUCGAGCAGAAUCAUACAGUGGUGAAUCGUGCGGACCAGAUUCAGAGACCGUGGGUGAUUGCUAUCAUCGUAUCUGGUCUGAUGCAUGGUGUUCUGGUCUUUGUGGUGGUCGGUUAUGUAUGUUGCUACUCUAGAGAAGAAGCAGAUUCAGAGCGCACUGUCCGCAAACAACUUACAGGGCCAAAGGCAAUGAACAAAAACCACAACACUUACAGGAAGUCAGACUUAAAACUAACCACAUGUUGGCCAUUUUGAAUGCCAAGAGACGGCCAAAAUGCUACAGUAAGUACAUGCUACAGGCCCAGUGAAUGGUUGGCCAUUAGGAGGCAUCGUGUUAAAAUGCAAAUUUAUUUAUAUGUACAGGCUAGAAAUGAAAAAAGAAAAAGAAACUUGUCAGCCAAACAUAUAACACCGUUAUAUUAUUAAAAUGCGUAAAUGGGGUCAUAUGAUGUGCUAAAAAGAACAUUAAUUAGUGUAUUUGGUGUAAUGUGUUAUGAAGGGGUCUGAGGUGGGCUGAUCCAUAACCAUUUUUAUUGAAAGACGUGGUCAUAAAGCGUUUUCAGUCCCAAAAAAUGCUGUUGUCAUCUAAACUGUUACGUGCCGUGUGUGUCUGGUUGUUUGUGUGGUCUUUUUGUUUGUUUUCCCCGAGAGCUGUCUCUCUUCCGCCCCCUAUCUUUCGUUCUCUCAGGUACGCGCUUGCUGAUUGGAGGAUGCGGCUGUCCAUCAUCGUUCCGGAGUCGCCGGUGCAGCCAACCCGACGUCUUCCAGCAGUUUAAAAAGAGCGCUGCUUGUUAAGUUCGGUAGCUCAGAGCUUGUAGCUCAGUGCUCAUUGUUCAGUACACGCAGGUGUUUCGUGACACAGUUGAUUCGUUUCAGUUUUCUGGUGUGUACUAAUGUCUAACUCAUUCGGUUCCAGCAUCUUGGUUGACAUUGUUGCCUAAGAAUUAUCUGUCCUUUCUCUUGGGUAAAAGAGAACAGGGUUAGGUCGUACGACACACAUUUUGCACGUAGUUAUUUCAUGUUAGACACACCAGGUAAGGAGUGAGCGCCUUUUUGUACUUUUGUUUUUUCGUCCUAGUGAGAGUAGGUUAGUUACGGCGCCGCACGCGCUGAAGAUUUCGGUUUGUUUUUCACAUUUUUCUUUGGUUAGCUUACAGGGAUAUUGGGCUACUUAGUUUGGGGUUUUGUUAUAUUUAUUUCUUUACUUUGGCGCCUCUCUUAGUUCUUUUUUUUUCCCCUUCACACUUUGUAAAUAUUUCACACUCUUUGUCAGUAGAGUAUAAUA